AUGUCAAUCCCAUUGCAAUGCGACGUUCUUGUCGUCGGCAGUGGAAACGCAGGCUUCUCAGCUGCAAUUUCAGCUGCUCAGUGCGGUGCCAGGAGUGUGAUCCUAGUUGAGAAGGCUUCUGAGGAAUGGGCUGGCGGAAACACAUAUUUCACUGCCGGUGCAUUCCGGGCAGUUCAUAAUGGCCUAGAUGACAUUCUUCCUAUGGUGAACAAUGUCGACAGGGAGCAAGCGGAUAUCAUAGAUAUUGAACCAUACACAACCAAGGACUUCGCAGACGACUUGUCGAGAAUGACCGAUGGACGAUCAGAUCCAGACCUUUCCAAUAUUCUUGUUCAAGAUUCCAAUUCUGCUGUCAAGUGGCUUUCUAGCCUUGGAAUUAGAUUCCAACUAUCAUUCAACCGACAAUCCUACAAGGUCGAUGGGCGCCAUAAAUUCUGGGGUGGCAUUUCUCUGAAGACGGAAGAUGGCGGGAGAGGUCUCGUCCAGGAUUAUCAGGCUGCUGCACGGCGUAACGGCGUCGCCGUGUUCUACUCAACGCCAUUAAAGAGGUUGAUUUCUGACCCUAUGACGGAUGAGAUUUCCGGAGCAGUCGUUGAACAUAACGGAAAUGAAGUAAUCAUGAAAACAAAAUCCGUGAUACUAGCCGCUGGUGGCUUUGAAGCGAACCCUCAUAUGCGUACACGGUAUUUGGGCCAGGGCUGGGACAUGGCUUCAGUCCGCGGCACCCCAUACAAUGUUGGUGACUGUCUUGAGAUAGCGAUGCGUGAUAUAUUAGCCAAAAAAAUCGGAGACUGGGCUGGAUGCCACUCAGUUGCAUGGGACGCCAAUGCCCCCCGUGCGUCGGGUGACCGCGAAAUCUCAAAUCAAUUUACAAAGUCUGGCUAUCCGCUUGGUCUGAUGAUCAAUUCGCAAGGGAAACGGUUUGUAGAUGAGGGCAUUGAUAUGAGAAAUUUCACAUACGCAAAAUUCGGCAAAGCUAUCCUUGCGCAGCCAGGUCAUAUUGCCUUUCAAGUUUGGGACCAGCAGACAAUUCCAUGGUUACGAGAAGAGGAAUACCGUUCAGGGAUUGUCGAGCACAUCACUGCCCCUUCAGUCGCCGAGCUUGCCCACCAGUGUUCCCAGCAUGGACUCCAGGAUGAAGAGGCGUUUGUGAAAACCAUUACUGACUACAACACUGCGGUGUACCAGCACCGCCGGGAAUUUCCUGAUGCUAAAUGGAACCCAGCAAUCAAAGAUGGCUUAUCCACGCAAUCUCAAGCUAGCGGGCUAUCUCUUCCCAAAUCCAACUGGGCUCUUCCUCUCGACCAAGGUCCAUAUCUUGCAGUGAAGGUUACUUGCGGUAUUACGUUUACCUUUGGAGGACUAGCCGUGAACCCGGACACCACGGCUGUUAUCUCUUCGGUAGCCAACCAGCAGAUCCCUGGCCUCUUCUGCGCAGGUGAAAUGCUUGGUGGCCUGUUUUAUGGGAAUUACCCGGGAGGGAGCGGGCUGACCUCUGGCACUGUCUUCGGGAGGAGAGCUGGAUCAGCAGCCGCCACGAGAGCUCUGGCUACAACUUUAUCCACCACUUUCACUAGUUCAUAG